UUUAUAAUAAAAGUCAUCAAGCAAGCGGUGCCCUCAGACAACCUUCUGUCCCUUUUUAUCUUUAAACAACUAUUACAUCCUUGAAAGGAUGGAGAAGAAUGGAGGAAAACCGCAUCGGCAGCAUUAUUGGCUGGUUUCGUCAGCGUUUUGGAAAACAAAUGAAUGAUUUGGACCAAGUCAAACCAUGUUUAUGUUCUCAGACGUGCUCCUCCAGUCACUCCAACGCCAGCAGCUCCGUCUGCUCACCUUCCUCCUCCUCUUACUCCCUGAAAUCCUCCAUAUCAGCCAAGCCGUCAACCUCAGAUCAGCCUCUGCCUUCUGUGCUUUUCUCAGCCUUCCGCUCCUCUCUCAGAUAUGACGUUUUUGUGUGUCAUAAUGAUGAGGACAGUGAUCUAGCACAGAGUCUGACCUCUUUCCUAGAGCACCCGUCUAACGGACUGCGUUGUUACCUGCAGGAGCGGGACUGUCCAGUAGGAGGUGCUGUGUCCACUGAGCUUCUGCAAGCAGUGCAGGACAGUCACUGCUGGCUGUUACUCAUCACUCCAAACUUUGUGAGGGAUGAUUGGUGCUUAUAUCAGAUGCACCAGGUCCUGUCUGAGGGGCCCAUGUCACAGAGGAUCAUCCCGGCUGUAGUAGACAUGCCCAGGUCAAAGCUCCCGCUCGAACUGCGCUUCCUCUUUACUGUGGAUUUGAAUAUGAACAAAGAGUUUGGCAACACUCAAGUCUACAGGGCGGUACUUCAGUAUUUGAAGGACAUGUCUGAGAAGGAAAAGUCCAGCAAUGCGUCUCAGUCAGACGGCUGAGAACAGACUCAAAGUAUCAACAUUCAUUGUAUUGACCGCAAUGACAAUACUCUUCACUUCCAAGAAGUGACAUCCAAACAAGCCAAGGUGCACUGUAACUCCACAUGCACCAUAUCUCCGUGUAAUGUCUCAGAGUUCUCAAAAUUAAAAUGAAAGGUGACUAAUGUCAAAAUUGGUCAGUCUAACCAUUAAGCUGGUCAUACAUAUAUACACAUGCACUACCAUUCAAACAUUUGGUGUCAGUAAGAUUAUUGUAAUGUGCCACAUUUCAUAUUAUUAUCAGCAUUGAAAACAGUUGUAAUGCUUAAUAUUUUUGCAGAAACUGUGAUGUAUUUUUGACAUUUGCUUUAAUUAAUAGAAAGAACAGCAUUUAUUUGAAAUUGAAAUUUUACUGUCAUAUAAAUUUAAUGUCUUUGUUGAUUUUUUUUUUUAAAUAUUAAAAAUAAGCGCAUACUUGUAUACUUGCAUUGCUGUGUAGAAACUAUAUAUUAAUAUCUGUGAUGUUUAUGAUGUUUUUGCACUGGUUGUUUCAUUAAAAUAUGAUACCUAUAGUAAGAGUGUCAGCCCAUACUUUUCUGAAGAUAUUUAUGUUGUGUUGAAUAUAUCUUGUGAAAUGAGCCCUAGAUGGCAACAGAAAUUCAUAGUACAUGAGCUCAAACAUGAUGGGGCAUAUGUUUCCCUUUCUGAUUUUAGGUCA